CUGGUUAAAAUAUCUUAUGUAUGUCCUGCCUGUGAAUUUUCUUUCAAAUGGUUUAGCCAGCCUUUUGUCGGGGGAAAGCCAGCUGGGAAUUUAAGCAUGUCUUCUGCCAUUCUCCUCUCUGGAUCAAUUCCUAGUAAAGUAUUGAGGAUGUACAACUUCAUGAACAUAUCCUGUAUCAGCAUGAGUACCUACAUGAGCCACCAGAAGUUCUUUAUUUUCCCAGCAAUUGGGCAUGUUUGGUUUAAUUACCAACAAGAUUAUGUUCAUGAUGUUAUACAAAGUGGUAGAAGUGUUGUUCUUGGCGGUGAUGGUAGAUGUGACACUCCUGGCCAUUGCACUAAAUAUGGAAGUUACAACAUGAUUGAUUUGGAUGAGGGAAUUGUUGCAGAUAUUCAAUUAGUUCAGAGUAAUGAAGUUCCAAAUAGCCAUCAUAUGGAAAAGGCUGGAUUAGAGAGAAGUAUUGAGUUUUUCCGUCACCAUAACAUACCAAUAAAGACCAUAAUAACAGAUGGACACAAAAUGAUUGCCAAAUGGAUACGGGAACAGAUGCCAGAAACAACACACCACUUGGAUGUAUGGCAUGUUGCCAAAGGUUUAAAGAAAAAGUUGGCCAAACUUUCGUUAGAAAAAGACUGCAAGGACCUUCAGCCAUGGAUAAAAAGUAUUGUCAACCAUCUUUACUGGACUGCUGCCUCUUCGACAGGACUGGACCAGGUUGUCAUUGUUGCUAAGUGGUAUUCUAUUCUGAACCACAUCAUAAAUGUACAUGAUGGGCAUGGUGAUGAAUUUCCAGCAUGUCAGCAUGGGCCUUUAGAGGGCAGAGAAAGGCACAAGAAAUGGCUUAAACCAGGAACAAAGGUGUAUGAAAAGCUGCAGGGAAUUGUGUGUCACUGGCAGAUGAAAAAGAAUAUUGUCAUGUUGUCACCAGGCAAACAGACAUCAGCCUUGGAGGGUUACCAUUCUGUCAUAAACCAUUUUGCACCCAAAAUGAUUGGCUUUUCCUACCAUGGAAUGCUUUGCAGGUUGUGGCUGGCAGCUCUUCACUUUAAUGAGAACAGCCAAAGGGAACAAGCUGUAACAAAGGAUGGCAGAGCACGGUACAAGAUAGUCUAUCCAAAGUUUAAGAAGGGGGAUUACUCUGUCAAGAGAAUUUUGAUAGACUGCACAUAUGUGAAUAUGAGAGACCAGACAAAGAGAUAG